AUGCCGCCGGCCAUUGUCGAGCCGCCAUGGCCCUCGCUCGUGGUCGACCAGUGGCCGCGAGCCACUUCCAACGACACAUCCGACCCCGGCGAUGUUGGCGAUAACCUACAGGAAUGGUCAUCGCUCAUUGGCAUCAUCACCGCCAUCGUGGGCAACAUCCUCAUCGCCCUCGCCCUCAAUGUCCAGCGAUACGCCCACAUCAAGCUUCACAGACAACGGAGUAGGAACCGCAGAAGAGCAAGAGAGGCCCUGAAGCAUGCUCAGAAUGGCGAUCAUGGCACAUCUUACGGUGCCAUUGGAGGGGACAGUCAUGCCAAUGGAUAUCAGAACGGUCACGGAGCCUCUGGCGUCUCUGUGGAGCAAGAGAAUCUCAUCGACGAGGCCCGCGAGACUGAUCCUUUGACAGGAUCUUUUCAUUCUGAAGAGUCCAUCAGCACUGAUAGUGAAUCAAACAACCAGGAUGAGGCCGCGUCGACAUAUCUCAAGUCACCCUACUGGUGGCUAGGCCAAGUCUUGAUCACACUUGGUGAGAUGGGCAACUUCCUCGCGUAUGGCUUUGCUCCCGCGUCCAUCGUCUCCCCGCUCGGUGUCGUCGCGUUGAUAUCAAACUGCAUCAUCGCUCCCGCCAUGUUCCAUGAGAGAUUUCGUCAGCGGGACUUCUGGGGCGUUGUUAUUGCCGUCGCCGGUGUUGUCACUGUUGUUCUGAGUGCGAAGCAAGAGGAGACCAAGCUGAAUCCCCAUGACGUAUUGGACGCCAUCACGGCAUUGCCAUUUGAGAUUUACUUGGCCGUGACCAUAUUUCUUAUUAUCGUCCUCAUGUGGGCAAGCCCUAGGUAUGGGAGGCGCACCAUCCUCAUCGACCUUGGGCUUGUCGGUCUGUUUGGCGGUUAUACUGCUCUUGCAACCAAGGGCGUCUCGUCGAUGCUGUCUUCCACCCUCUGGCGCGCAUUUACUACUCCCGUCACAUACGUGCUCAUCUUGAUCCUUCUCGCCACCGCCGUCAUGCAGAUUCGCUAUGUCAACAAAGCCCUACAACGCUUCGACUCAACGCAGGUCAUACCCAUACAGUUUGUCAUGUUCACCCUGUGCGUUAUCGUAGGCAGCGCCGUCCUCUACCGCGACUUCGAGCGAACCACGGCUGAGCAGGCGGCCAAGUUUGUCGGCGGCUGCCUACUCACCUUUUUCGGUGUCUUUCUCAUCACUAGUGGUCGUGAGCAGAGCCACGACGAUGACGACGAGGUUCUGUCUGAUGCCGAAGGCGUUGAGGAGACGAUUGGGCUUGCCAGCCAAGACGCCAACCCAGCUUCACCACUCCAUGAUAACCAGGAUUUCCCAACCCCAAAAUCGCAAUCGCGCCGGUCUAGUUAUCUGUCGCCCCUCAGCUACCCUGAGGCACAGAGGGCACUGAUAUCAGCUGUCACGCCACAGCAUGAUGGCAACGUGCCGUCUGUUAAGAUCAUGGAUUCAAGCGCUUUGCAGCAAUCCCCACGUCAGGAGGCUCCAGUUUCCGGCUUCCCCUGGAACGACGUGGGGGGGCCAUCCACACCCCCGGGAAGAAGUAAAAGGGCAUUUUCAACGGAUUCAGUCCUUGGGGCGUCUGGAACUGCUGGUUUAACAGCAUCUGUAUCACAUCCAACAACCCCGUUGAGAGAUCCUGACGGGGUGCUUCCUCCACGUCCCGGCGCAAGCCCGACCAAGCCCGGUGGCAGCGGCACACACAGUCGCUCCAGGACCUUUAUCUCGCCGUCCCCUCUCUCGUCGACGGUCACGGCCGUCGUGAAGGACGCCUUCCUGCGUGCCUCGGACGACCCCCGCGUGCGCCAGUCCUCGAUGCGGCGCAUACGCUCCACUAUCCGCGCCGGCCUAUUCUUCAACGAGGAGAACGAAGCGGCUGGGGACAGCAACGACGCGGGCAACCCCCGCGCAAGUACCCUGCCGGCGCACGCGGUGGUCCCGGGCUCGGAGGACAACCUCGCCAGUGCCUUGGACGAGGCUGAGGGACCCGCAGGCGACGAUGAUCAGGUGCGCCGGCGGUCGCGCAGUGUCAGUGACACCCUGGGCGACUUUUUUGGCGUCAGGAGGAAGAAACGCAAAGACGGCUACUUUGCUGGCGACAUCGAGGAUGGGCCGACUGCAGCGACCGCCCCACGCCGCGACCACGACGGGCAGUUUGGCGAUCGAGGAGAAGGGGCCCACGACGUAUAA